AUGGAAGCUCGCCUUCGGGUGCGCCUCGCCAAAAAGGCCUGCGCACGAUGUAGAUCCCAGAAGAGGCGAUGCGACAGGGCUACUCCUGCAUGCGGACUAUGCCGCAGGCUUCGUCAAGCCUGUCACUAUGAAGGACGGGCGAUAUCAUCUCCAAGUCCGACACCAUCGUCCUCUCUCGACGCAGAGCUCCCCCUUGAAACGUUAAGUCCGGGCCAUAUUAAAGACGCCAUUGCUAAGAAACUCACAUCAACCCCGAGCGAUAUAUUUGGGACAUACGUCCAGUUCAUCCAUCCUUGGUUCCCUAUUAUCGCACGAACAUCACAGGUUCAUCUCCUGAACUCUUGGGACGAAGCUUCCCUGGAUUACACACUCCUUGCCCUCUGCAUCAAUUUGCUUUGUACCUCGCCACCUCCCUCUUCAGGAGACGGGACUUUGUCUGGUUUGCAGUCCGCGUACCUCAAUGUCAAGAGCUGGAUAGCAGUGAUCGAAGGACUCGGUAUCACCUCGCUCAAGAACGUCCAAGCAAGGACUUUGGUCACUCUAUUUGAAGUUGCACAUGGCUUCUACCCGGCAGCUUACAUCUCUAUUGGGACUACCGUCAGAGCUGCCGAUGCACUUAAAGAUCACGCUUACUUAUCUCCGUCAUCUUCAUCGUCUACUUCUGACGAGUCAGGGAGAGAGGAGGCCGUAGUAACCGAAUGGGCAAUCCGUAUUCUGGACAGAUAUAUAACAAUACAAUCCGGACAUGGUCCAUCUCUCACUCGCUUUCUCGCCAAGGGCACCCAUGAACCCAACAAUAUCCCCUGGCCCACCGGCCUCGAGAAAGACACACGGAGCCCUCUCUGGAAUCUCUCCCGUCUCUUCGAAGCGUCCACACUUCUUGAUAACAUACACAACGCGUUACACAACCCCACUUCAGAACAUGCAUUCAACAUGGAAGAAAUUGCGCUUCUGGUGGAGACAUCACAUAGCCUCCGCACGCUUCUGAUCGAAGAGGUCGAAGAUGCGGACCAGAUAUACUCGGGCGGGCUAGGACUUUGUCAUAUCGCCCUCCUCCUCGCCUACUCAAACGGCACCAAAAUCCAGAUCACCGACGAACAAAGUCUAACCUGCCAAACCCUCGCCACGUCCUCUCUCAACUCCAUCCUCACCACCAUAACCAACACAAUCCACCCCUUUGUCAGCAGCACCCAAGCCCUAGACAUGUCUCGCCUUCCUCCCUUCCUCGCAUUCCUCGUGUACAAAGCAGCGGGCCUAGUGACGGAGCGGAUGUGGAUGGAAACCGACUCCAGCGAGGCAUUGAGGAAGUUACGGGUUCUGCGCGGAUUCUUGAAAUUGGUGAGCGCGAGGUGGUUAUGUUGCGAGUAUUAUCUGAAUCUUCUCAAUGAGGAUACAGCGCCGCGGAUAUUAAGAUCUAUCGAAGGUAGGUAA